AGGUGGCUAGCGUUUUCCUAAAUGGCUAGAGGAUAGAUAACUGUGCUCGAUGGAUAAAUAGAUUUUUGGGUUAAACAUUAUAAUCUUAUUUUCACUGUGGCAUUCCGUCAGAGAGGAUUUUAAGGUUUAUUUCUGCUUUGUUUUGAUUUUUUUUUUAUUCUUUAUGAAAAGAUUCUUUUAUCAUUUUUAGGAGUGUGUUUAGUGUCUCAAUAAUAGCGCAUUUGGAUUUAUUGAGCUGUUAUAAUUGGAAGAAAGUGGAUGUGAUCGGCCGUAUGGAAGGAUCAAUGUAUUGGACAAAACACCUUCAACGUUUACAUUGUAGAUUACAUUGAAAGAAAAUAUGAAAGCAGUAGUGCUACUUGUUAUUUGUUGAAGAAUAAAAAUAUUGUUUGAAGUAAAAGUAUAUCAUUUUUGAAGAGGAAAGUUUGAGUGCUCCACAACAAUGUUCACACAAUAAUUGAUUGUGAAUUUAUGGGAAGAGCUGAAUUGCAGCUCACAUUGUUACACUGAGAAGGAAACAGGCAGUAUAGAUAGUGUGGAAUACAGACUUACCAGGGGAGGACUUAGGUGAUAAUGGUACAUCAGGGAGAGGCCGUGCCCCACCUGCCUGGUAGACAGAUCUAGGGACCCUGGCCCCACCCUGGGGGCAGAUAUUGGUUUCCAAUUGCACACCAGGACUAUCCAUUUCUCCUGUUAUCUGCUUGAUUGGAAUAUGUGUGCCUUGGGAUAAUACUGGGAAGUGAUUUUGGAAUCAAAGAGUUGCAUUAGAAGAAAGAUUUCUGGCACAAAAGGAAACUGGAUUAUGCUUUCGCCAUAGGUAUAUGGUAUAUAGUAUAGUAUGGUUGAUAAAUUUGCUGUAGGUGUAAGUGUUUACCAAAUUUUGGUUUCUAAUUUCAGUGUUGGAGCAAAGUGAAGUAAUAUAUACAUAUUGUAUUGCCUUGACUAACAAAAUGUAGACAAAACAUUUACAUGAAACAGAUGGAUCUUCACAUAUUAUCAAAACUUAUGUGGCUUUAUGCAAAUGCAAUGCGGAAAAGACUUUCAAAAUUGGAUAAAGUGACAAAAAAGUGACAAGGGGUUUGAUAUCCCUGAGUUGGGGAGACUGAGAUUAAAUGGUCGGAUUGUUUUCAAGGGAAAGCAGAGUACUAUGAUGAAAUGGUCCUAUAAACAGCUAGAAUGCACUGUGAAAGGAAAGAACAAGGCAUACGUGCGGGAGGGUGCGGCCCUGCAACAGCUUGGUCAGCACGCAGAUGCCCUAGCAGCCUUCGCCUCCGGCCUUGCACAAGACACAAACAAUACGAGCCUCGUCACUGCCCUCACUGACGCCGCCUUGAAAUGUCCCCUCAAAGAGAGGCUGGAGCCUGUCUUCCAGCAGUUACAGCAACUGAAGCUGGACAAGAGCCCAUUUGUAAUCAUCUCUGUGAUUGGUCAGGAGCUGCUGCAGGCUGGCCACUACCAUGCCUCCACUCAGAUGCUCGAGGCCGCCCUCAAGAUUGGCACAUGCAGCCUCAAGCUUCGGGGCUCGGUGUUCUCUGCCCUCAGCAGUGGCUUCUGGGGUCUCGGCAACAUGGACAAGGCAAUUAUCUACAUGCAGAAAGACCUCCAGGUUGCAAAAAACCUAGGUGAUGCAGAGGGCGAGUGCCGUGCCUAUGGUAACCUAGGCUCUGCCUACUUCUCCAAGGGCAACUACAAGGAGGCGCUGUCACAUGACCGCUUCCAACUUGUUCUCGCCAUGCGCCUCAAGGACCGCGCCACAGCAACCAUUGCCCUUGGCCGCCUCGGACACGUGUACACUGCCAUAGGCGACUACCCUAAUGCCCUGCAGAGUCACAAACAGUGUGUGCUGCUACUGAAACAGAGUAAUGAGAAGCUUGCUGAAGCUAGGGAGAUAGGAAAUGUUGGUGCUGUGUAUCUCGCUAUGGGAAACUUUGAAAGUGCUGUAGAAUGUCAUUUGGAACACUUGAAAAUAGCAAAAAGCUUAAAAAACAGUGUAGAAGAAGCAAGAGGUUAUAGUAAUCUUGGUUCGGCAUAUCAUUAUAAAAGAAAUUAUGAAAAGGCAAUAGUGUAUCACAAGCAAGUGCUAAAAAUUGCAGAACAGAAAAGUGAUAAGUGUUUAGAGGCCCGGGCGUAUGCCGGGCUGGGACAUGCUGCAAGGUGCAUGCAAGAUUAUGGAUUGUCCAAAACUUUCCAUGAAAAACAGCUGGACAAUGCCCUCCAGACUCGUGACAGGGUCGCUGAGGGGAGGGCCUGCUCAAAUCUCGGGAUUAUAUUCCACCAGCUGCGGGAAUUUGAAGCAGCUCUGAAGCUGCACAAAGUGCAUCUAAAUAUUGCCAAGGAAUUGGGAGAUAAAGCUAGUCAAGGGCGUUCUCUUGGAAAUAUAGGGAAUGCUUACUGUGCACUUAACAAAUAUGAACAAGCAAUAAAAUACCAUAAACAGGAAUUGGCAAUAUCAACAGAAGUGAAUGACAGACAUUCUGAGGGUUCCACUCAUGGGAACCUUGCUGUGGCUUAUCAGACAUUGAAGAUGUUUGAGAGUGCUCACCAGCACUAUGUUGCUCAUCUGAACAUUUCCCGGGAGCUGAAGGACUCCCAUAGUGAGGCUAGGGCCGUGUGCAAUCUGGGCAACUUCCACAGUUCACGAGGGGAAUACACCAACUCAAUACCAUACUAUGAACAAUACCUAAUGCUAUCUCAGGAACUGCAUGAUUCUGAAGGUGAGGCCAAGGCAUGUUUCUGCCUUGGUUACGCCCACUUUGCUCUUGGAAACUACCUUGAAUCUGUUCGAUAUUAUGAACAGGAUUUGUCACUUGCUCAGGAAAUGAAAAACCAGUUAGGAAUUGCUAGGGCUUAUUGCAAUCUGGGCCUUGCCCACAAAGCUUUGAACAGUUUCACAGAAGCUUUACACUGUCAAAAGAAAUGCUUAAAUUUAAUGACAACUUUGAAAAAUGUAAAAGGCAAGUUCAGAGCUUUAGGAAAUAUUGGUGAUAUAUUAUUAAAAACACAUGAAACAAGUGAAGCUAUUAAGUUUUAUACCCAGCAAUUACAGCUUGCUAAGCAAAGCAACAAUUCUGACAUGUUAGCCACAGCUAACGGUGCCAUGGGUGCAGCUCACAGGACACUACAACAGUAUGACAAGGCCCUGGCCUUCCAUACACAGGAGUUGAGCAUCAGGCAAGACAUGAACGACCUCAAAGGAGAAUGUAGAGCCCACGGAAACCUGGGCAGUGUUCACAUGUGCUUAGGAAAAUAUAUGAAUGCUUUCAAAUGUUAUGAAGAGCAGUUAGAGAAAAGCCGUGAGCUUCAGGACAGUGCUAUGGAAGCCAAUGCCUGUGGAAACCUUGCCAUUACAAAGAUGAACAUGGGGAAUUUUGAGGAAGCCAUAGGCUUGUUUGAGCAACAGUUAGCCAUGUUAGAGCAGGUGCAUGGCAACAAUGCAACCUUUGACCGUGGUCGUGCUUUCGGGAAUCUAGGUGACUGCUAUGAAGCCCUUGGAGACUUUGAUGAAUCUAUAAAAUGUCAUGAACAAUAUCUAGCAAUUGCUCAGAGUGCUGGACACAAUUCUGACCAGGACAAGGCUUACAGAGGCCUGGGAAAUGCUCACAGAUCAGUGGGCAACUUGCAACAGGCUUUAGUAUGCUUUGAAAAACGACUAGUGGUAGCCCAUGAACUGAACAGUGAGGCAGCAAAGGCUUCAGCAUAUGGAGAACUGGGCUGCCUGCACAGCCUGCUAGGAAACUUUGAGCAGGCGAUCUCGUGCCUGCAGCACCAGCUGUCCAUUGCCCGGGAAAUGGGUGACCGGCUGUGCGAGGGGGAUGCUGCAUGUGGGCUUGGCGGUGUCUACCAGCAAAUGGGCGAGUAUGACAAGGCCUUGGAGUAUCACGAGAUGGACCUGCACAUCGCUGAGGACACCAACAACAAGGCAUGCCAGUGUCGAGCAUUUGGUAACCUAGGUCUCUCCCAUGAGUCCCUUGGAGAGUACACAAAGGCAAUCCGCUACCAGGAACAACAUCUCAGUAUAGCAGCAGAAAUGAAUGACAGAGUUGCUAAAACUCUUGCUUACAGCAGUCUUGGUCGAGUGCACCAUGCCCUCAACAACCACCAGAAGGCAGUGGAGUACCUGCGGCAGGGCCUACAGAUAGCGGAGCAGCUCGGCCGCAUGGAGGAUGAGGCAAAGAUACGUCACCGCCUGGGCCUUGCACUCUGGGGUCACGGCAACCACGAUGAGUGCCAGCAACAGUUGUAUAAGGCAUCAGAGCUGUUUGAGAGUAUCAGGCGGGAUGCCCAGUUUAACAGCGAGUACAAACUCUCCCUGUUUGACCUCCAAACUGCCUGCUACCAGGCCCUGCAGCGUGUGUUGGUGACCUUGAACCGUCACCCGGAAGCCCUGGUUGUUGCAGAACGUGCUUGCACGCGGGCCUUCAUUGACCUGCUAAUGGAGCGCCAGGCAGGCACAGAUGGAUUCUAUGGUAACCAUGUAACAGACCCUCCGCCCAUCACCACAGACCAGAUCACCAGCAUUGUGCAGAAACAGCGCAGCAUGGUGCUCUACUUCUCCAUCGCAUCCGGUUUCCUAUACGGCUGGCUCCUUACCCCAAGAGAUGGAAUAGUGAAGUUCCAUGAGACGUCAAUGGCAGAUGUUGAGAGCGAGGUUGACGCGGGGGACAAUGUGAGCAUGAAGUCGAGCCUCAGUCUCUCUGCAUGCUCCCUUCUGGACAACAUGGUGGGCCAGAUACGCGAGUCCAUGGGCGUUGAAUCUCAUGCAUCCAGUGGUCAGCAGAGGGGCGUGUCACGGUCCUUGAGUCUGAACGAGAGUGGGAGUGAUGUGGAGGACCACUGGCAGCAGCAGCUCGAGGAACUCGGGGACAAGCUUAAUGCAGAGAACGACCGCACUGGCUUUCUCCGCAUUGUGAACAGAAACCACCUGUUCAACAGCAGCAACUAUAGCUUGGGAAGCAUGUUCAGCCUCAAUGCCAGCCUCAGCGCCUCCUACCCUGCAAUGACAGUCAGCAGAAAGAACAGUGUGAGGAAUAAAUUUGGUAGCAAAUCUGCAAUAUCAGCCCUCUAUCAGCUUCUCAUUGAGCCAUUUGAGGAGGCGAUAAAGGAAAAGCAGGAAGAGAUGGGAUCUAGCUCCUCGGAUCUUAUUUUUGUGUUGCAGGGAGAUUUAUACUUGAUACCAUUUUCAGUGUUACGCAAAGACCAAACUAUGGAGUAUUUGUUUGAAAGGUUUAAUUUGAUUGUUGUUCCUUCAUUGACUUCAUUACAAAACAACAGCAAACAUGAACGGCAAGGCCGACCUGUGAUAGAUUCUUCUGGUGCUGUUGUCGUCGGCAACCCCAAACUGACACCUUCCAUCUGCCAGCACUGGCACCUACAUGACAUUCCUGCCUCGGAAUAUGAGGCGAGAAUAGUGGGCGAGAUAUUGACAGCUAGGCCCCUCAUUGGCCCUGAGGGAACUAAAGGGGCAGUGUUAAACCAGAUAGAGCAGGUUGAAGUAAUACAUUUUGCCACUCACAUCUCCUGGAAGCUUUCUUCUGUGGUCCUGUCCCCGGGUGAGGUGCCAUCUCACCCACCUGCCAGGUUUCCCACCAUAGACUCAGACGACAGUGCCAGUGACAUCAGCACUUUUGACGGUCCCUCGCUGGCCGAGUACCUUCUCACUGCAGCUGAUAUCCUGAAUCUCAAGCUCCAUGCCAAGCUGGUUGUUCUGAGUGCUGGCUACACAGACGACCGUGCUGGCAGGAUUAACACAGAUGGGGUUGUGGGCCUUACUCGAUCUCUACUGUCUGCAGGGGCCCAGGCAGUGCUGUAUUGUCUGUGGCCUGUGCCAGACCAGGCCUCCAAACUUCUCAUGAGGACGCUCUACCUGGGUCUUCAGGAUGGCAAGUGUGUCUCACAAGCAUUGACAUUUGCAAUUAAGACUGUGCAGUCAACAAAACAGUUUUCCCAUCCGUCCAACUGGGGUGGAUGGGUGCUGGUGGGGCAAGAUGUGAAGCUAAGCAGCAAGGUGGCCCAGAUGGGGCAUGCUAUAUGUGAGCUUCUGCAGAACCCCAGCCAGUGCCGGGAAGCCAUGCGAGUCCUUCUCCACCUGAUUGAGAAGUCGCUGCAGCGUAUCCACCAAGGUUCUAAGAACUCUAUGUAUACGACAUCCCAGUCUAUAGAGAACAAAGUUGGAGGCCUAAGUGGCUGGAAGGAUCUGCUGCAGGCUGUAGGCUUCCGCUUUGAACCCUCGCUCAAUGGACUUCCUCCUGCGGUCUUCUUCCCCCAGAGUGACCCUGCUGACAGGCUAACACAGGCCUCUGCCAGUCUCCAGGCUCUCCUAGGCCUGCCCCAGGGUUCUACUAUUGCGCUGGCCAAGUUCCUCAACAACUAUGAGGCAGGAGAGGGCAUCAUCAGAGUAAUGCGUGACAUAUUGAGCAAGAUGGCCGCCAAGGACAGCAACAUGGACGUGAAGGUGAACGUUAAGCUGUGGAGAGUGAAUGGCUGCCAUGAGUUCCUAGCAUCUCUCAGUAUGGACCUUGUGGAGGUUGGCAAUGAUGAGAUCACCCUGCGACUUGGAAAACAGGCCAACAAGCGCCAUCUUCAGUUUGCCCUGCAAUCACUAGUUGCUGUUUUCGACACGCAGGAGGCUCCGAGAUCACUGAACGUGGACAGUUCUAGCAGCCUGGAAAGCCUCUCCUCCAGCCACAGUGGCUCAACCUCCACCUCCACCUUCUCCAAGGGAUCCACUCCUCCACUUUCACCACGUGGCAAGAAAAAGUCACUCUUCAACCCUGCAGAGAUGGAGAAAAUGAGGAUCCGCAAUUCACGCAUGAGCCAGGGAGGGUUGGCAGGUCGGAGGGUUGGGCUGGGUAAAGGGGCUCGGGGAAGUGACCCCGCUCUGUGCCUGCAGUACCAGAGCCAGAUCCGCACCAUGUACCGCUCCAACCUUCCCGACAACGACGUAUCUGUGGUCGGCCUCAGUGACAGCGACACCACAGCCAGUCCUACCCUGGGCAGUAGCUCUAACAGUGAGAGGUUCCAUGAACUGCAGAAUGCAGAGCCGUUCAGUUUGAGUUUCGAUGGUAGGAGUGACAAAAGUGGUAAUAGUGAGAGGAGCAUGGAGAGGCUGGCACUGACUCCAGAAAUGGCCAGCGCUCGCUCAUCUAAUGACGGAGAUGAACAGAAUGAAACAUUUGUGGAGCAAGACAACAGUUUCUGUAAUGAAGAGAAGGAGCACAUGUUUAAACGAAAUGCUGACAAUAGAAACUCUGAUACGUCGGGGAAUAGCAGCAUAAGUCAGGGGACACAUGGCGAUAAGGAGAUGAGAAAACUGGGCUCUGAUAUUUCUGAUAUGAGCUUUACUAGUGAGGGAAGGCUCACUCCAAAAAAUCAAAAAGACUUGGAAAAUUUCUUACAAGUGACUGACGAAUCAGGCAUUGUUUCUGAGGCAACAUCAUCCAAUCAGAGUGAAGGAUCCCAACAGAGUGAUCAAACCAGCUACAGGUUUGACCCGGCAGAGAUUGCCCAGAAGAUCAUGAGUGAUGUGUCUGAACACAAGUCUGCUCUGGACUCAAUGCAGAUCUUCAAUCAGUUGCAGACCCAGCAGGAAAUCACUUCCAUGAGGACUGAGUACCAGAAAACUGUACCUCAGCCAGAGACCAACCAGCAGACCAGUGGAAAACCAGGAAAUGGGCAGACAACAGACACAAGUUCAGUGCAAGCAAAUGUAGCUGCUUUAUCUGGUUCUGAUUCCUCAGCGUUUUCUAGUCCAUCUCAUAAAGCCAAGAUGCCGCCUCCAGUGGCUGUCAAACCUGCAGCAUUCCAGUCCAACUCAUCUAACCUGAGAAAUUUGUCAUCGAAAGUUUCCAACCUGUCACAACUUGCGAAGUCGGAGCAAAACAUGGUACAACAGACACAAGCUAACAAACCAUCUUAUGUCUCACAAAGUGGUCAGUCAUUGAAACCAUCAUCCAGUGUGUUCACAACAGCAAUAGUUGUAAGCAAGGACAAACUGCCGUCCUCAGCAACUGUCAGCAGUGGCAUGUCUUUCUCAUCAUUCCGCCCAGCAGGUAAAGGUGGUCCUGUGGAGAGCGGGUCACUGCAGCGUCCUGACAGUGCCACCAGCACAAGCAGCUACUGCUCCACACCUUCAUCCAUGCAGAGUGUCAUUUACAAACCGUAUGGGGACAAGCUCUCCACAGAGUCUCCCUGUGUAGUGUCCUAUGACUCAUGUAGUGAUCAAACCUCUGGCUCUGGCAGCACACUCACCCCAGUCAGCCAGGCAGCAGACCAACCAGACUUCACACCAAGUCUCAAGCGAGACUCAUCACCAGCUCUUAGCUCAUGCUCAUCUGCUUCUGGUAGAAGUGGUAAACAGAAGAAGAAAGUAAGUUUUUCAGACUCUGAGCCAUCAGACACACCAUCACCUCUCGACUCCAGUGCAAGUUCAACACAAUUGUCUUACUUUGAUUUUAAGAAAGCAACUCUUGGUAAUGUACCAUCAAAGGCUAUGAACCCUGCUAUAGACCCAAAGAAUCGCUAUUUACCCCAGAACUCGUCAAGCAGCUCCAUAGACAGUCUUGGUUUGAAUCGCAGUGCAGGUAGCAAUGUGAGACCUCCACCUCCCAGUUACCAAUAUGCCAUCAAGAACUCACAGUACAUCCUCAGUAAAUCAUUGGAUGAGAAGACAAUGCGACCAGGACUUCGGCCCCUGCUGUAUAGCAACAGCUCACCAGGUUCAUCCCUCAACAGUUCCCUGGAUGAAAUGACGCGAUAUACACCUGGGAAGCAUUCACCUGGGGUUUCACAACCCGCCAACCCUCCACACAUACAGCCACACACCAAAGAUAGAAACAAUACAAGCAGAGAUGAUCUUCAAUAUCCAGUUCAACAACCUGUUAUUGGAACAUUAGGCCAGACAGUGAACUUUUCUCACAGCUCACAAAACCAGCCAGUUUCAAAUGGUCAUGCACAGUUUUCCAGACAGCCAAAUAACUUUAAUGUAACUCAGGCUUUUAGAGAGGGAUUAUCACCCACAGGGAAUACAAGUUCUAGUUGCUCUACUCCUGAAGUGCCACCCAGGGGCAUCCCUCCACAGAGGCCAAACAACAUUGCAUUAUCCAGCCAGCAACAAGAGCAUGUCUCAAGGUCACACCAGCAGUCUAUCCCUAUCUCACCUUUGCAUGCCCCCGGAUCAAGGAUGCAGAUGUCUCCAAUAAGAGAAGGUGUGCCUUUAAGCAUCACACAAGAUGUAUCCUCUGCCAGACAAGGAGGCAUUGCCUCGUUCACUCCAAUGGGGAUGCCAGUAACCCCACAGCAUGGCCUCCCAAUGGCAAACACAGGUCUAAAUGCUGACAAUUAUUUUCCACAGCCACCAGUUCAAUUUAGAGGUAGUGACCCAAAUGUAACAGCCACAAACAGCUACAGGCCCAAUGAAGGCUACCAAAGAAGUCAGUCCCUUGACUAUAUAAGCCAGUACUCAAGCCAGGGCAAUGUCAACUCACCUUCACAGAGUUUUGAAAUGAAGGAUUUUCCAUCAAGGUUUUCACAAUCUCACACAAAUUUGAAUCAAACUCCUUUCAUUGAUAACCAUAGAAACUUGACGAGUACUGAAAUUCAUAAGACUGGAUAUCCCUCGGUAAGCUAUCCUUCCAGCACUAACCUGCCAACAUCAUUCAAAGCUCCCUCUGGUCGGGUUCCAGCCGUACUGCAGAAGAGGGCUCCCCCAGUACCACCAGCCAGAAUUGACAGCUGGGAAAAUAUGGACAAACAUUUAAAUACAGUGACUGGAUACACCGACAAUACAAAACCAUCAUACAUUCCUGGUUCUGAACAAAGAUCGCAAACAAAUGGACAGAUACCAAACAGAGCUGCUUACCAAAUUCCUGCUGCUAAUGUUGUGAAGUCUAAUAUUCAAUCAAAUUUUCAACAACGACAGAACUUUUCAAUGGGAAACAAUAGUCCUGGUGGGAGGCCUGUACAGCAGACAGGCUACACCAGUCAGGGGUUUGGGUCGGGAUCUAACCCAGCUGGCAUGUCCUCCCUGGCCUAUAGGGACCCACCUGGGAUUCCUGGGUCAAGCCAGAUGGGGGACAGCAUGAAUAAGGGUCCCGUUUCACCACAAAACGGUUACAUGCGAGACCAGCCAUCCAGCUACCUGCCACAGAGAUUUGGAGGAGCAGGGAAGAGCCAACUACCAGCUCAACCAUCACAUACCGGUAAUCAACCCAGCCUCAAUAAUGGUAACGGCAUGCCCGGCCAUGGACAGCUGCGGAGAAUUGGCAUAGGCUCUGACAAAAAAUCCUUCACUAAGACAAACGUAAUUCAAGCAUCAAAAUGCUAACUCGAAAUCACUAGAUGAAAUGUACAUCAGUAUUGUCAGUGCCCAUUUGUUCAUGUUAUAGUUUAUAAUUGUGAUGGUUUGAUCAACGUUUUGUUUGAAUCUCAUUUGCAUUUAGGACAUGGUCCAAAAACUAUUCUUCCAUGUUAUAAUCUGUGUUUUAUAUGUAGACAUUUUGCAAUUUAUCUUUAAUGUGAUAGAAAGAUUUCAUGUUAUUAAGCUGUGUUCUAAAUUCUUGUAAAUAUACAUGGUUUAGCAUUUGUACAUAUAACGCAUUGUCAUAUAUAUUUUAGAUCUUGUAUUCCUAAAUACAUGUUAUUAUGCAGCACCAAAUGCAUAUUUUAGUAAAUUAUUUUGUACUGUAAAUGCUUUAUUUAAUGUUGUUGUUUAUGAUUUACAUAUUUAUAUAGAUUUGUAAUACAAUGUGCUGGUACAUGUACCUUCUAUUAUACUAUUGUUAUUAACAGAUUAUGUUUCCUUGACUGGGAAAACAAUAAAACUAAUA